AUGGCGAAGCGAGAGCUGUCUAGUACUGUGAGAAACUUGAAGUUUAUGCAACGGGUAGCUCAGAAGGAAGGGAAAGCUAAGAAAGAAGAAGAAAAAGAUAAAGUAGAAGAAGUCGUGUCCAAUGGAAUCUUCCCUUCCCGUACUGCCACACGAAAAUGUGUUAUUAUUAUGGAAGGGGAUCCCCAUCCUGAGGCAAUGAGAGGCCGGAUGUCAUUUCUGAGCUUUAAUCCUUCAGUAGAUAAACUGAACGGUGAAGAGACAAAUCCGCCUGAACAUGGGCCUGCAGCUACAAGUUCUGCCCGAGAGAGUGAAACGUCAGAUAGGAGAGAUAUCACCCCACAAGCUAGGCUUUCGAGCCCGCAAGUGCAAAGUAUAUCCAAUAACGGUUCAAAUGGGGACCUCAAGCGCAAAUCACCAGAUGUUUCUAAAGAAGAAGCAUCUUAUCCGCAUAAAUCGCCGAAGAAUGCUCAAGGCGAUCGACCAUUACACAGUAAUCGCGGUUCUGAUAAACAGAGGCUAGACUGGAAUGUUCUGAGACCUUCAAAAUCUCAUAACAAGAAGAAGUGAGGUAAUAGUAUGAAUUAUCACUCUUUUUAUAAUUUGUUUCCAUGUAUCCUCCUGUUGAUUGAGCAAAGUGUAACACCUGAGUAGGGUUUUCCAUAGCCAAUUUAGGUUUAGGAUUUGUGGGGAAGUUUUGAUUUUUUCUGUUUUAGAAGUACUUUUUAUUGUUUGGUAAAGGAUAUAAAGUUUUCUGAAGUCACAAUCUACUGCAUUUUUGGAAGAGAAUUUUCAGUUUUUUUUUUUUUUUUUUUCACUUCAAGGUAGCCAGAUUCUGAAAGAUCAGAUAUCGAUUACUGUUUAUAGCAAUAGCAUUUCAUGUUGUACUCAGGCACAAUGAUGGCACAUUGCUGUGAAAGGGUUUUUUAUUAUUUAUCUUUUUAUUGGAUGAGUACAGUGCUAGUUUGUUCUAAAUUAUGGGAAGGAGCGAGAACAAAGAUUAUAUAAGUAUGCCAAUUUGUGUGCUGUACUGGUGAGGAAUAUGGAGGUUGAGAUAUGGAGUAGAGAACUUGGUAGCCUCUUGCCAGCAACAUUCUACUACUCUCUCUGUUCCAAAAUUAUUGUCCGAGAUUUCACUUUUAAUAUAAUUUGAACUAAAAAUGAAAAUCCAAACUAGAUAAUAAUUAUAAGACGGAGGGAAUAAUGUUUUUAUAAUUUAACGGGGGGUUGACAACUUGUUAAUAGGAUGUGAAUAAUAUUUGACAAAUAAAAUACAGCUAGUAAAUCUGUAUAUAUGUAAAAUACAGCACAAUUGUUCCCAUUCAUAGGACUGAUAUGUAUUCUCUCUCUAGUCCUAACCAUAAGGGAGUAAUACAGAGAUGAAUCAGAAAUGCUCCCCCGUCUAUGGUAGUGUUUAUGGCCCAAAGAAAACACCCCGAGGGGGAAAAAAAAAUUGAUGAAAGUGCGAUGAAAGCUUUACGGCAACGAAACUCCAAAUUAAUAUGAAAGGUAAUUAAUGUGAUUAAAGUGUUUUUAAAUUUUAUAAUUUUAGGCUAAACAUCUCCUUUUUGUUAAUUUCACUAUUUGCGCAACUCUAUAACCAAAGUUUUCCAAAAAGAGAGAAAGAACGGGAGAAGGGCGCAUCCGGUAGGAAGGAAGGACCCCACAGGGACACAUCAGCAACGGUAAAAGGCGUAUUCCCCAAGUUCCAGCAGAGUUGACCGACCCGAUGUGCUCACGUGGAUAUCCCACACCCACACGGAAUUUUUAUUUUUUUCCUUCUUCCGAAAGGAAUAGGAAUUAGUUGAGGGACGUCACCGCUUAGGUCAUCUUGGACAAGGAAGGGAGAGAUUCACGCAUCGGAUAUAAUAAAGAAAGUAAAACUUGGGAAAAAGGGAUGUUUGGGAAAAUGAGAAUCUUUGUUGGUGAUUUGGUGACAGAUUAGGAUACAGAAUCUACAUUGUGACUCGUUUUGUUAAUUAAUUUUCAGCUGCGAUGGAGAAUGAUUUUUAUAUAUUCAUACCUUAAAUCCAUAAUAAUAUCAUCUCCAUUUUGAUGAUGGAUGAUGACAUGACACAGCUAAUAAAGCUUCUCAAACACUACUAGAAAGUAGAAAUAGAACCCCUCUCCAUUACAUUCUUGUAAGUACAAUUUGGGUUACUAAUGUUAGUGAUAACUAUCCAAUUGAUUUUAUGUCAAACUCUCCUCUUUCUUUACCCACCCAGUUUAACCUAGUAUCACUUUAGUUUAUCCGACUGGUUUUCUGGACUCAUCAACUGUGUUUUCUUUAAACUUUUGCUUCUUCUCAAACUAGUUCAGUUCCAUGAUAUGGUACAACAUUCAACGGGUUAACAUCUUUCAAAUGGGAGAUUCAUUCUAGUACUCUUUACUCUUUUUUACUAAACCACACACUACAUCAUUUCAUCAUAAGUUACUAAAGCCGGUAGUAAGUAAUCAUAAAGCUGCAAAACUGCACCACUAAUCCAAAGAGGAACAUUAAUUAUCUUACACUGCAAUAAAACCCAAAGCACCUAACAAAAAGAAAAAAAAUGAUCCAUAAUUCUAUACACACUGAAGUGUUGCAUUUGCACCCAAUGCGGAGCUGCAACAUUCUUCACGAAUAAAUAUGAUCAUAAUCCUUCAAGUUUGAUCCUUCUAUUCAAAAACGAGCUAAACGACGUGCACCCAGCCUGUUCUAAUGCAGCAGCAUCGUUCCAUCACCAGAUACUAUUGUUGCAAGACGGGGGGCCAAAAGCUGCGUCCAAGGCUCUGAUUUUCCGCGACAUGUCCUUUCCUUUCUCUCAUCGCGCAUCAUCCUUCUUCCUCAUCUGGGAGCGGCUCCCAGCAAGAGAUUGCUUGAACCACACGUCCUUUCCACCCUUGUAACAUCCAUUUCCCAUCUUCGUCAACUGAGAAAUCUCGGUGGUAAUGAUCCUUUACCUUAUCCCUGAUAUGCUUCACAAUCUCCUGAUCAAGUAGCAUUUGUCUAAACCCUGCUCUCAUGUUUCUCACUUGCCAUUGCUUAUAAGUUUCUGGCCUCUCAACCCUUUCUGUUCCCUCACAAGCUAUUACAUUCAAGGCAUCCCUCGCCAGAAUCUCUUGCUCACAAAGGGCUCUUUCCUCACUCUCCCGCAAUAUAGUCGCAUCAAACAUAUCAAACAACGAUGAAAAAUGAAAUAGCGCUUCUCGGAACCUGGUUACAAAAAAGGGCGAGUUGUAAGUCCCGUUGAUAACACUUUGGAUGAACACGUUCGGUCGGAUUUUCUUGAUCAGGCUUAAAACUUGGUCCCUUGGGCAAUUUUCCACAACCGUCUCAUCAGGUACAUUAGCAAGCCUGUCCAUACAAUUCACCACGAGCACCUCAUCUCUAUCGAUCUUGAAAUCCUCGAUUUUUAUUGUAUCCCAUCUUUUGGCGAUGGCUUCAUACUUGAACGGGACUCCAAACCGCUCACAGUACUUCUCUAACCUACGCCCUGUUUCCUCAACUCUUUCUGCUGGCCGGAGACCCGGUUGGGGUAGGUCAAUGCCUGUGAUGCGAAGAUUUGGAGGCCCUCCCUCUCUCAUGGAGAGACGCUGGAUAAGGCAAGGCCACUGGAAACCAUAUAAGAUGCCAAAAUCAAUAAUGUGAAUCCUUGAUGCUCCGGCAACUAGCUUCCCAAUAGUUUUGUUUGCAAAAAUGUUUGAGACCUUCUUAAUUGGAACAGCAGCAACGAGCAUCUUGUAUCCUUUUAGGAUAUCAAAAGCAGAGAUCCUCCUUGUCCUGUAAUCUGUAUACAAUGCCGUUCCAGUGCCAGCCAAUCGUGCUUCAAGAGCAAUGGCAAAAUAAUGAGCCAAUCUCUCCAUGCCAUCACCAUGAGGUGAAGCAUGCUGCCUGAUUCGGGCAAGUAACUCAUUAGUUGUCCGAACAUCAUAGCUUGCUACGGCUUGAGCACAUUGGACCAAAAUACCCCGCAAGUCCACCACUUCUUUUUUGGCACCUUGCCUCUUGCCUCCACGAGGUCUGCCCCUAGAAGACCCUUUCGGUUUUUCAAUCAGCACUGGAUGGUUCUUGAUUGCUUCAUCUUUCAAAAAGGGCUUCUCUGAUUCACAAAAGAAAGGGUCUGGGUCAAUAUGCGGAUUCAAGCCAGGACAGAGCAACACAUUGUCGUACAUCUCCUGUGGUACAUCAUCACUUGAACUUGCCAGCUGUUUACUACUUCUAAUCUCUUCCGGGCUGC